UUGCGGCGCUCAGGGCCUUGUGGGCGGGGCUAGGCUAGGGCGGAGUCUGGAGGCUGGGCCAUUCCCCAGGCUGGGAGUCUGGGGAUAGGGCCACCAUAGGGGCGGGGCCAUCAGGAAGUGUGGCCAAAGGGGAGGAAGGGCAGGGUUGGAGGCGGAGUCAAGUAACAGACAAGUAAAUCCCCGGGACUAAGGUUGGGGCCGAAUCAGAGCAGAGUGGGGGCAGUCAGGGGCCAAGGUAGAUCUAGGGGGCGUGACCAGGCCGGGGCGGGGCCAGGCUGAGUUCUCCGCUGUCCGGGGUACUGGAGCGCUCCAGGUUUAGCGGGUCUCACUACUGCCCUCGCAUCCCUCCCUCGCUGGAGGGGCCACACGGUGUGCAGUGCUCAACGCCCCACGCCACCUGCCACCGUCAGACUCCACCUCUGGCGCUUCGCUCCCGGCCAGGCAACUGCUGGGGUCGCGGCGAGUUCAGCCCCCGGACCAGGCUCUGCACUCAGCCCUCCCUGUGCGCCUUGGAGCGGGAACAUGGUGCAGAAGUACCAGUCUCCUGUCCGCGUCUACAAGUAUCCAUUCGAGUUGGUCAUGGCGGCCUACGAGAAGCGCUUCCCUACCUGCCCGCAGAUCCCCGUGUUCCUGGGCAGCGAGGUCCUGCGCGAGUCCCGAAGCCCCGACGGGGCGGUGCACGUGGUGGAGCGGAGCUGCACGUUGCGCGUGGACGCCCCGCGACUGCUGCGGAAGGUUGCGGGCGUGGAGCACGUGGUCUUCCUGCAGAAAAACGUCCUGAACUGGAGGGAAAGGACGCUGCACAUCGAGGCGCACAACGAGACUUUCGCUAGCCGGGUGCUGGUCAAUGAGAACUGCAGCUACACGGUGCACCCCGAGAACGAAGACUGGACUUGCUUCGAGCAGUCGGCCUCACUGGACAUCCGAUCCUUCUUUGGUUUUGAAAGCGCCUUGGAGAAGAUUGCCAUGAAGCAGUACACGGCCAACGUCAAGAGGGGCAAAGAGGUGAUCGAGCAUUACCUGCAGGAGCUCAUUGCCCAGGGCACCUCUCACCUUCCCCGCUGGACACCGGCCCCAGUGCGGGAGCAGGACACUCACAGACAGCCUGGGCCACAGGAACCCAGCUCCCUGGAGGGCGCAGUGAUUGGCAGCAGCCCAUGCCUUGCUCUGGAGGGUGUCAGUACUGAUGGGGACAAGCUGGAUGCAGACUACAUUGAGAGGUACCUGGGCCAUCUCACGCCCAUGCAGGAGAGCUGCCUGAUCCAGCUUCGGCAUUGGUUGCAGGAGACCCACAAAGGCAAGAUUCCCAAAGACCAGCACAUCCUCCGGUUCCUGCGGGCACGGGACUUCCACCUGGACAAGGCCCGGGAGAUGCUGUGCCAGUCUUUGAGCUGGCGGAAGCAGCACCAAGUAGACCUCCUCCUUCAGACCUGGAAGCCCCCGGUGCUCCUGGAGGAGUUCUACGCAGGGGGCUGGCAUUACCAGGACAUAGAUGGCCGUCCGCUCUACAUCCUGCGCCUGGGCCAGAUGGACACCAAGGGCCUAAUGAAGGCAGUGGGGGAGGAGGCGCUGCUGCAGCACGUUCUUUCUGUCAACGAGGAAGGUCAGAAGAGAUGCGAAGGGAACACAAGACAGUUUGGCCGUCCCAUCAGCUCCUGGACCUGCCUGCUGGACCUGGAGGGCCUCAGCAUGCGGCACCUGUGGCAACCAGGUGUGAAGGCCCUGCUGCGCAUGAUCGAGGUGGUGGAGGACAACUACCCGGAGACCCUGGGCCGGCUGCUCAUUGUGCGAGCCCCCCGAGUCUUCCCUGUGCUCUGGACGCUGAUCAGCCCCUUCAUCAGUGAGAACACCAGGAGGAAGUUCCUCAUCUACAGUGGCAGUGAUUACCAGGGCCCCGGGGGCCUGGUGGAUUACCUGGACCGAGAUGUGAUCCCUGACUUUCUGGGGGGAGACAGCGUGUGUAAUGUCCCUGAAGGAGGGCUGGUCCCCAAGUCCCUUUACCUGACGGAGGAGGAACAGGAGCAGGCAGACCAGCUGCGGCAGUGGAGUGAGACCUACCACUCGGCCAGCGUGCUCCGUGGGGUUCCCCACGAGGUUGCCUUGGAGAUUCUGGAGGGGGAGUCAGUUAUCACCUGGGACUUCGAUAUCCUUCGAGGGGACAUGGUGUUCAGCCUGUACCAUGCUAAGCAGAUGCCCAAGUUGGGCCCCUGGGAGCCUGGGCCCAGGACCAGUGGGCAGCUGAUUGACAAAGGCUGGGUCCUGGGAACUGAUUACAGCCGGAUGGAGGAGCCUCUUGUCUGCCGAGAGGGGGAGAGCAUCCAGGGCUCCCAUGUGACACGGUGGCCCGGAGUCUACCUGCUGCAGUGGCAGGUGCACAGCCCCCUGGGCAGCGUGGCCUGCAGCCUCCCGGGUGUGGAUGACGUCCUGACGGCCCUGCAUAGUCCCGGCCCGAAGUGCAAACUCCUCUACUACUGUGAGGUGCUGGCCUCUGAAGACUUCAGGGGCUCCAUGUCCAGCCUGGAAUCCGGCACCAGCGGAUUCUCCCAGCUCAGUGCGGCCACUUCGUCCUCCUCUUCUGGCCAGUCCCACCGCAGCUCCCUGGUCUCCAGAUAGCUGGCUCAGAGCCCCGCAGGGCCACAUCUGGAAGUGUCCAGUGCAGGAGACCAGCUUGCUGAGAGGCCUGGGAGAAUGUGUGGGCUGGAGCAUCUGGUCUAGCUGCUACCAAAGUUGGGGUGUCUGGACCGGAUGGCAAGGAUCUUGCCCUCAGCUUGUGUGAGAUGUGACCCCAAGCCAGGGCUCUGGAUGCUUCGAGGCCAGAACCAUCUCCUUUGGACUUGGUGUUAAGGAAAGGCCCAGGCAUGUGAAUCCCACCACUGCUAAGUCUCCCUGGACGGGAACUCAGCCCCUCUCACCACUGGCUCUGCCCUCUCUGGGUUGGCUUCCUCAUGUAGGGUACCCAUCACUAUUGGGCACUCUCCCCUAUUCCCUGGUUCAGUGCGGAAGGGAACCUCUCUCUCCAACGUUCUGGUCCACUUCCCAGAAUUGCUUCUUAGCAGUCUGCUGGGCCCACAUCCAUUGCUGAACCAAUCACAGUUGCCAGGGAAUGGAGAAUACUGACUAGCCAGCAGAUUCAUGUGUCCAAUGUGGACGAAUUACUGUGACUCUCAGGGGUGGGCUGUGGUGCACUGAUUGGCCAGCAUGGAUCACAUGCACUUGCCUGGAGCCAAGCACAUGGUCUGAAUAGGUAAGGGGGUCCCUCAAGAAAUACUGGGUCUCCCAUUUCAAAAGGAGGAAAAGAUACCUGGCAGGCAGAAAGGACUGGUGGUCACCUCAGCAUUUGAUUGCAUAACAGUGCCCUGUGUCCCUCCAAAUGCAUAGGGGCUGUAACAGAAGUUAAGGCUGUGGUUUCUGGGGGAAGCAGCUUGCCUUGGACUGGAAAUCCAUUCUCCAGCACUUGGCUGGGAGGGCCUAAUCCUGACCACCCUGACUUAGAGAGGAUGGGGAGGCCGAGGGCUUCUGCCAUGUUCCAGGCAGUGAUGGAAUGACUCGAGCUGUCUCUGUACCCCUCUGGAGGUCUCUUUCCCGGGGACCUGUUUAAUUAUGACCUGCUUUGGCUGUAAGCCACAGAAAUCCACCUUCCAGUGGUUUAAACACAAAAGGGUGACCAUUCUGGGGGCAUGUAACUGGCUGGACCAGGGCUCUUAGGCUUCAGGUAAGGCUGGAUCCAGGCUCUCCACAUGGUGUCAGGACUCCCGUUGGGGUGGAUGCUAUUGUCUUUACAUUGGGGCAGAUGUGACUCAGGAACCAGCUCCACUAUUGGCCUGAGUUUCUCCAGCUAGUACACCAGAGUCAUGUUUCUUUGAGCCCUGAGGAGAUAUUUCUCCUUUAUUUUCCUGCCCCCCCCCCACAAACAGAAAACAGGUCAGAGGUCACUGACUGGCACCCUAUAACCAGUUCUGGCCCACUUUUAGUGUUUUUGCCAUUUGCCUAGAGAGUGGUUAAAAACAAAAUUGUGGCAUUUCACAUAGGAUAAGCAUUUCUGGUUUUCCUUUGGCAUCUGGAAGUGGUAACAAAAUGGGGCCACUGUUGCCACCUGAAGGCAUCACCGCUGUGCCCCUGGAUCAGGGCCCUGUAGACCCCACCCUGCCACCUUGCACCCAGCCCCUGCCACUGGCCCUUGAUAUCUGCCUGGAAGGGGCUCACUGCCACCUCUGUCCGAAGCUGGGUGCCAAUGUGGGGGCCAGAGGCUCAGCUGUUACCCUUAUCUCUUAGCCUUGCAUAGAGUAGGGACAUUUCUGGCAGAAUCACUGGGACCAGGGCUGGGCUUACAGCUCUGGGCCCUGUCACUCUGAUGCAAGCUCAGGAUGCUGGGGCAAGGAGAACAAGGACCGGCUCCCACACUGACUUGAGCCCCAAACAGAGAAGUGAAAAGGGCUGUCCUUGGAAACACCCCCAGCCCCAGGAGGACCCGUCACAGUCCUGCUGGCUCACUUGCUUCUCAGGUGUAGGAACAGAACACACAACUCAGCACCCUGUGGCAAGGUGUAUGUGCCCUGUGUGCAUGAGAGGGGAUGAGAGAGUGAUGGGAGGGAGACAUUCUCAAAGCUAAGAGGUCUCACGUCACCAAGCAUUUACCACUGAGAACAGUUUGCAAUGUUUUCAGGGCUCUUUAAAAGAAAUUCUAGCUUAUCUCUCAAACCUGGGUGCUCCCCUAGAAGUAUUUUGGGAUAAGCUAUCUUAGGGGUCUCUGCACCUUUAUUGUCUAGUGAAAGAGAAGCCUUUCACUGGGGGAAGCUGGGCCUGCUGAUUGCAGAGAGGAAGGUCUGGGGGAGGGCACAGUCCAGCCAGGAGCAGGGGUAAGAAGCCUCAGCUCCACCCCCUCGCUAAAACAGGCUUAAGUGACAGAGGGAAUUUCUUGGUUCUGCAUUUGGGAUGACUGGAUCUUGUUCCAGGUACGGCUGGAUCCAAGAGCCCAAUGUCCCCAGACCUCUUGACUCUGUCCUUUGCACCCUGGCCUCACUCUUUCUCCCACCUGGGGAGAAAGGGUGGUGCCAGCAGCCUCAGACCUGUCACCACAGGGCUUGCAGUUUCUAAGAUGGAGAAAGCACUUUCCCUUCGGGGAUCUCAUGGGAGAUUCUGAGGGGCUCUGUCUGGGGUCAUGUGUAGUACUUGCCCACAGGGCCAAGGGGCUGGGAGCCUUGGUUGAAAUUCCCUGCAGGAGCAACAGGGGACUGGGGUAGGCGGGGGAGCUGGGCUCCAGCCCCGGCAGAGAGGGGUCCAUGGCGGCGUCUGCGUGGUGCUCGGUGGGGAGGUCUCUGAAACCUACUCGAAGCAUCCUCACAGGCCGUCUUGCCUCAGGGAGCCUGCAGUGAAAACUAGCCUAGGAAGGGGCUAUCAGGCUUUGGUCUUUAGGUGUCCCCAGACCCGGGACCUGGAAGCAACCUAGCCUAGGCUUCUCUCUCCAUCCAUUCAUCACUUCAACCUGGCUGGGUCAGAACCACCCAGAGCACCAUGACAUGGGUUUUUAGGAGCCUGGGUGUUGGAUUUAGACAAGGGUUCAAAACCCAGCCUUCCUUUCAUAGCUGUAUAACCUCCAGCGAGCAACUUAGCCUCUCAGUGCCUCAGUUUCCUCAUCUGUAAAAUGGGGAUAGCAGUGCCUGCCUCAUUGGGUUGCGGUGGAACAAGAUGAGAGCAGCCGCAGUCUUCAGCACAGUGCCUUGCACACAGAAAGCAUUCAGUAAAUGUCUGGCGACUCUGAUUGUCUGGUGCUUCCCAUCCAAAGACUCCAGGCUCCUUCCUGAGGUGCCACCCACUGGUGUUUGUGAGAGUGUGGUGACAUCCAGAGAACAUGGAAGCCAGGACGCUGGUGCCCUCGGAGCUGGGCACUUUCCCUGUUAGAAGUGGCUUGUGUUCUGGACAAGCCUUCUAAGAAAGAACAUUACUAUUAUUGUCAUUGUUAUUAUUUUGUGGUACUAGGGAUUGAACCCAGGGCCGUCCCCAUGAAGCUACAUCCCUGAUUCUUUUUUUAUUUUUAAUUUUGAGACAGGGUCUCCCUAAGUUGCUAAACUGUCCACACAAACUUGGGAUCCUCCUGUUUCAGCCUCCCAGAAUGCUGGGAUUCAGGUUGGUGUCACCAUGCCUGGCUGAGGGCGUGCAUCAUUCUGCGAGGUGUGUCCCUCAGCCAGGGAGAGAAUUUUUCUCAGGAUAUGGAAAUAAGAGCUUGAGGUGGUUCUUGUUUUUGUCUUUUUCCUACCCACCCACACUCUCUGGAAAUUUCCCUCCCCUGCAUAAAAUUAAUUGUUCAAUGA